GACGGCUAAGCGAACCACCAGCCCUCUGGAGAGAGAGAGAGUGAUAGUGUGUGUGCGCGCGCGUGAGUGUGUGUGUGAGAGAGAGAGAGUGUGUGGAGGCGUACAGCUAUGCAAAGACCGUGUCGUGGAGUUACAUUGCCAUUACGCACUAUUACGCACUGACAGCUACUUUGAAGGAAAGAGCGCUCAGCGCAAAAGAGCGGAAUUUUGGAUUCCUUGCAUUAACAGGAAGAAGAAAGAAGUUUUCAUUUGUCCGAUCUCCAGCAGAACAGCUUGAUCUUCGGAGUCCAGCUGCCAUUCAUCCGCACAGGAAUGGUGGAUCACUUGACACUUGGUGAAGAGACCUUCCUGUAUUAUACCGGUUCCCCGGGGUCUGACUACAACUGCCUCUGUCAUCACGCCAAUGGUGGCGUGUCACCAGGCGUCAUGGUAACUGAAACAUGCAUCUACAAUCAUCACCAUCAUCGCUACCAAGGGGUGACAAUCUCCUCCAACCCUCAUCUCUCUGAGGAUGACCUCAGCGACUCCUCCAGUCCUUGUUCCUCUGUCUGCUCCAGUCCAGAGUCCUCGUCACCGACAUUGCAACGCGCUCUUGACUCCAGCUACGAAAGCAGGAGCAGCAGGAGCAGUGGGAGCUGUAGCUCCUCAGGAGCAGAGAGUCAGGACAGCUUACUGGACCUCCUCCUCUCACAAGCCUCCCACACAACCUCUUUAAGCUCUAAUGGCAGUAGUAGCUCUCAUUCUUCACCUUUCUCUUCCUCUCAAUCCCUAACCUCCCCACUGUCUUCUUCCUCCUCAUCUGCCCCUCUUCUGCCCAUGGGUCUAGCCUGGGAGUCCAAGAGGGAGCAUCGGCUGAGUAUUGUCCCGCAGCAAGCCAAAGAGGACUGCUAUGAGUUCCCUGUCUUCCUGGAUGAGCUGCAGGAUCCUGCAGCGCUCCUUUUUCAGCCUACCCUGGAGGAGAUUGAGGAGUUCCUGGAGGAGAACAUGGUGGCAGUAAUGGAGAAAGAAGAGGAGGGGAGUGAUGAGGGGAUGUCAACAACAUCAGAGGAUGCUGAGACAGAAAUUUCAAGGACAUUAGCAGGAGAACUUGUGUCAGUGUCACAGAGCUCAGAUCAGAGUGUGACUCAUUCUCCACUCACCUACUACACAGAGACCAAACAUAUCCCAUGUACACCUGAUAGGGACAGCUCACCGGCAGCAGUGUAUGCUCGGUGUAGAACUGGUUCCAGUUCUACUAGUAGUGGAGAUGAUGGGAUCAAACAGGAGGACUGUGGUUCACCGCCAGCUUCAUCAGCAGGUUCCAGUGCUGCCUCCAGCGUGCCUGUCAUCCUCCAAAUCCAGCCCAUACAGAUCAAACAAGAACCCAACCCUAGUGUCAUAUCAGAUGCUGUCACCCAGCAAACCCAAACUCAGAAAACCGAAUCCCAGCCAAGUCAGGCCCCGUCAGAUAUCAAAAUCGCCCAACUCCUGGUCAACAUCCAGGGGCAGACCUUUGCCUUAGUGCCUCAGCUGAUUUCCCCAGCAAACAUUACUGGCUCAAGGAAAAACAUAAGUGCUGCUUCAUCCAAAUUUGUCCGGAUUGCACCGGUGCCCAUUGCUGCAAAACCCACUGGGCUUGGGGAGGGCGGGUUUGAUGGAGGUUCAGCUUCAGGGGUCCUCGCUGGAAAUCAGAGGUACCAGAAGAGUGCAGUAGCAGACCUUAUUAAAAUGCACAAGUGCUCUUUUCCCGGCUGUAAUAAGAUGUAUACCAAGAGCAGCCACCUUAAAGCCCAUCUGAGGAGGCACACCGGGGAGAAGCCCUUCGCCUGCACAUGGCCUGGCUGUGGAUGGAGGUUCUCCCGAUCCGACGAGCUGUCCCGACAUCGCCGCUCCCACUCUGGAGUGAAACCAUACCAGUGCAUCGUCUGCGAGAAGAAGUUUGCCCGCAGCGAUCACCUGUCGAAACACCUCAAAGUCCACCGCUUUCCACGAAGCAGCAGGACAGGGCGCUCUGCAAACUGACUCCUCUGACCCCACUGUGACAGACUGACGCUAAGCGGAAAGGGGGGUGGGGGGAGCUGUGUGCGUGUAUUUGUGUGUGACGAAACAGAGGGGGGGGGGGCGAAGUCUGAACACCUUUUAAAAGAGUGUGCAAGACUCGUUAGCUUAUGUGUGUGUGUUUAUGUUCAAAUAUGUACGUGUGACGUACAUUCAUGGUACUGUGAUAAUUUAUUGGGUGGCGAGGAAAAGACUCUAAAAACUAAAAACAGAAAACUGUUACUUGACACAUCACCCUCACAGGUGGAAUAAGCUUCUUGUAUAUUAUAACUAUUUUUUCCCCUCAAAUCUUUUUGCUCAUCUAAUUUGAAGAAAUUUGAAAUAUUUGCUAUUCAGAGUAUUUUUACAAUUUGAGGUGUGUUGUAUUAUUGUUAUUGUUGGAUUUAAAAGCCUUAUAUGAAUAAAAGUUGCAUCACUAAGGGGUCUGCUACUAUUUAAAAUCCACAUUUAUUUUUACCUUCCUGGAGCCAAAUGUUGUUUCAGAGUAACCUUAUCAAAAAGUCAUUGCUUAUUGGCUACUGGGAACAAUUGGGGCCUUGGUUUAAUUCUUUCUAGACAGAGUAAAUGAUGUAUCAACAUUCCUUUAGCUUUGAAUAAGUGUCUUUGUUGCCUUUGAGCCUGGUUACAGAAACAAAAUAAAACUCUGUAGAAACCUCAAACACAGUAACAAAGCUCAAGUUCAUGUUGAAUUACUGCUCACCAAUAAAGAUCAGGUCAUUAUGUAAUUUGCACUGGCACAUAUGGAAUUUCUGCUUGUCUACCCAUACAAAGUAUUUAGUGUUUUGUUUAGCUGUAUUUUGUUGUGACUUGACUCUGUAACAUCAUCAAGAGGAAUUAAGGCUGCAGCUACAUCCAGCAAAUACCCACAAAAUAUUUCAAGCCAAGGUUGAAAACAUGUCUGUUGUUCUGUCAUCAGAUAAUGAUAUGUCACAACAUUUGUUUUCUGGUUUUGUAAUGUUCUUAAAUGAUGCCAUAUCAUUUAAUACUUUAAUAUGUGUCACUGCUGUGAUAAAACGUAAAUUUACACAAGAUAAUAUAUUCACAUUGCCAAGAGGGAAGGGGGCAAGACAAAGUUGAACAAAUCAAACUUCUUGCCUCCUGGCAGGUUUUACUUGUUUUCUUUUUAGAAACAAAAAGAAAAAGAAACAAAAUGUUUUUACAAAGGCAAUGUAAGUGGUGGUUUGUGUUGAAAUUGUGUGUGAUUACAAAAUCCAAUAAUAGCAAAAAUUAAAUGUGGUGUAUCAGUAGCAGUAGUAGAGGAGAGACAAAAAGUUAGCAAAUGUUGGUAAGACAUUAGUUAAAAUGAGCUCCCUAAGCUACUGGAAAAACCAGACCAAAGAGGCUGCUGCAGCCAAACACCCGAAAGUGUUGAAUUUAGUGUUUCAUUGUGAAUUGAACUUCAUUUUGACAGUGUAAGAGAAGCUACGCAGAUUUGCUUUAACACAGUCUAAGCAAUAUUUUAUACCUUUCUUAAACAGUUAUCAAGUGAAACAUGACUCUGUUAGCUCCCAUUGAAGUCUGUUCCAUAGCCAAAUCAAGUUGGUUUUUCUCUUCCUGACAAAAAAUCUUUUUGAUAAAAAGAAAAUGAUGCGAAUCAAAUUUAACUGUUGUUCUUGUUGUCCCUUAGUUGAGAAGUGUGUACCAUCACAGCAUCAAAUAACACAUUUAAAGGAAAUCUUUAUGACUCUCUACUAUAAGCUACGGUCUUACCCUAACAUGACUCGUUACGGAAAAUGGAGAAAUGACACCAUUAUCUUGAACAUAUCAUAUCUCUUGCCAUAAAAUGAGAUGCCUUUGUCUUGUACUGUAAGGGAACAGUGACUUUUUUUGCUUUAUUGUCACAUUACAUAUGUGUAUAAAUGUCUUGUAUGUGUCCUUCUGCAUCUCCACUGGAUGAAACCAAAGGAGUUAUGGGAGGGGCACAAAAUGCCAACUGCACAGAGUUCAGUUAUUGUCAAUCAGUUGACAAUAUGAAUAUAAGAAAUGUUAACAUUUGAAUUGCAAUUGAGUUGUUUUUGGAAAUGUUGGAUUUUCUGAAACCUACAAUGAUUGACAAAGCUUUUGAGUGUUCAGUACACAGCACCUGAAUGAGACACUGUAUGGAAGAAGUGCAUUAUGUAAGUCAGGCAUUCCUUCCAUACAAUCAGAAGAAACAAUUUUCUGAAUGGGUGUCACAUGUGAGCUCAUGAAUGUAUGUAAAUACUGUACAUGUAUCUGAAAGCAGAACUGAAACACUGUUCUAGUGAUUUCUGUGAUUUGAAAGAUUUUUUUUUCUUUUUAAAUAUGUAAAGAAAUUGUACAUAAUAUGAUAAGUCAAAUAUAUGGUGAAAAAGUGUGGCAACUUACUUUUUUUUGCCAGUUUUUACACAACACAUUAUUAAAAGGCUCAUGAAAAGUUUCAUAAUACAUCCAUUCAUCUGAAUUUAGAAACAUUUUACCCCAUGCAUUUCUGUGAUAUUGUCUUGACUUGCACACCCAUAAUAUAGCAUAAUGUAUUAUGAAACAUAAUGAGUAUGUGCUCUGUAAAGACGUUACAAAGAAAGAGUUGCUUGAAAUGGUAUAUUUUUGCUUUUGUUCUUAUGUAAAACACAUUUACAAUAAAAAUCCCAAAGGAA